GACAUUGCGUACGUGUGAAGCUGAUGCCUGUAUAAUGGGCGCGAAUGACAUGAUCGUAAUGGACAUGUAGCGUUAUUUCUUAAGGCUUCGCUGUUGUUUCAGAAGUGGUUUUGAUUUUGAUGUCCCAAAUGAUAAAUGAAUACUUUUUUAGUAUUCAAAUCUGCAUUUGAUAUAGCAGAGAAGAGGAGAGUGUGAAUUUUGAAGUCGCGAGGACGCGGGACAUGAUGCCACGAGACAACAUGACUUCCACUGUCCAGAAAAUCGCCAGACAGGCGCUGACGACCUUCCGCAACCCAUCCGUAUUGGGAGAGCACAAUAAAAAGUUUUUGGAAAAUCAGAGCAAGCUGAAAAGCCUCAUGGCGGAGGUAAGAGCGGCUGAUUUGAGGAUCGUUCCACGCAGCAUCGAAAGCGCCCCGAGUACCUCGCGCGUCGCGCCUCCAGUCACGUACAUGCACGUCUACGAGACCGACUCGUUCAGCAUGGGCGUGUUUUUGUUAAAAACAGGCGCUUCUAUACCUCUGCACGAUCAUCCAGGAAUGUAUGGCAUGCUUAAAGUGAUCUACGGAAAGGUCCGAAUUAGCUGUUUCGACAGGUUGGAUAAACCCAGAGACGGUGACAGUGGUGUGCAGUUCAACCCUCCGUUAAUGCCCUUACAGAGAAGCUCCCUGCGACCCACAGUGCUGAAAUCAGUGGGGGAAUACACGGAAGAAAGCGCCCCGUGUGUGCUGUCACCUCAGACGGACAAUAUCCAUCAAAUAGACGCUGUGGACGGACCAACCGCAUUCAUUGACAUAUUGGCACCGCCGUAUGACCCAGAUGAUGGGAGAGACUGCCACUACUAUAAAAUCUUACAUGCCCAUUCUGAAGCUGCUGAUAAAAACAACCAAGCACAGGAACAGGGUGACUUAUGGCUUAUGGAAAUACCACAGCCUAGUGAAUUCUGGUGUGGUGGUGAACCUUACCCAGGGCCUAAAGUGUCCCUCUGAAGAAACUGAUUAUAAGCACGUGAUGAUUAAAGACAUUUCAUGUUCUUAUCUUUGCCGUACGGACAGGCCUUCAUUAAGUGGAGUGUGUUGUAUUUGAAAUGCAUCUUGACCUGUCGUACAACACUUUUGCACAGUUGCACCUGUGCUUAGCUGCUGUCAUUGAACUCAGACUUUUACAACCACUGAUCUUGUUGAGGGAUUACUUUUGUCCGGUUCACUGGUGUAAUUUGAAUAGGCUGUGAUUUGUAUUUAAAUAGGUACCGUAUACACCAUUGGAUAAUUCCCUUAACACUUCUAAGAAUUAUUAAAAUGAAAUAUUUACUUGAGCACUUACUGCUUUUAAAACUUUAAAAUAUGCAAAAUGUUACAUUUAAUAACUGCAUUCUGUUAUGCAGAAUGCAUAAUAAAACCUAAGACAAUGA